CGUUCUUUAGUCUGAUCACAGAAUGACAGCGGCAGGAUAACCGGUGACUAUUGAACCCGACCUAGUCUGUGGAGUCCGAAGAUGCACUUUAGGGUCUAAUUUUGGACUUAAUUUAGUAGUGUAACGGAGAUUAAUAUCUGUCCUAGACGCACGAAAAACAACUUCCCUUUAUAUGCGGCACAUUUAUGAAAUAGACCAAAAACUUGACGCGGGUUUUCGCAGAAUGAUUCAGUGGAUGUGAUCUUAUGAGCGACGGCGGCAGCGCAACAGGACGCGGUUCAUCUGGUUCAUCUAUGAUUUAUCAUACUGCCGUUAUGAUGGUGUGACUCAGUGGUGAAACUGAAGCUGCUCAGGUGAGAAGCAUCGGCGUCUCCUCUCCCUGACACCUGAGAUGGCCAUCAACAUCAGCGGCUCCAUGCGUGAUUCAGACGGCCUGUCGGUGUUGGAGCAGCUGGGUUUGGACCAGAACUCGGAUCUGUCAGACUCCAGCGUUCAGCAGCGUCUGGACGAGCAGCGCGAGAGGAUCCGGAGGGAGAUCCGGAAAGAGCUGAAGAUCAAAGCGGGAGCGGAGAACCUACGGCGGGCCACGACUGACAAACGCAACGCCCAGCAGGUGGAGAGCCAGUUACGCAGCUCCACGCGCAAACUGGACUCGCUGCACACUCAACUGCAGGAGCUGGACGCACACAUCGUCAUCAAGGGCCACGAUGACAGCAAAGAUGACCUUCAGUCUCUUGGGUCGCUGAGUCGCUCCUCAGCCAAUCAGGACAGGAUUAAGGCUCUGGAGCGACAGCUCAACAUCGAACUGAAGGUCAAACAGGGGGCAGAGAACAUGAUCCCCAUCUACGCCAAUGGGGUUACCAAGGAUAAGAAGAUGCUCCAGUCAGCUCAGCAGAUGUUGCAGGACAGUAAGACGAAGAUCGACAUCAUCCGAAUGCAGAUCCGUAAAGGCGUACAGGCCACCGAACAGACCGACGAUACUCAGGCAGGUAAGCCGGAUCUGUGUGGUAUGGAGCUGCGUAUUGAGGAGCUCUGGCAUCAUUACCGCGUGGAACACGCCAUGGCCGAGGGAGCCAAAAACAUGCUGAGACUUAUGGGAGCUGGGAAAGCACAGGACAAGAAAGCCAUUGCUGAGGCUCAGAGUCGUCUGAGUGAAGCGUCCCAGCGGUUGGAUCUUCUGCGGGUGUCGUUGGAGCAGCGCUUGGGGGAUCUGCCGGAGGAACACCCGAAAGCCUGUCUGAUUAAAGAGGAGCUGGUGCUGGCGUCGUCCUCGGCCUUCAGCUCUCGUCACAGCGCCCCCUAUGUCCACAACCAGUACAGCACCCUCUGCAAACCCUCGCCACUCACCGGGACGCUGCAGGUGCGUCUGCUGGGGUGUGUGGGGCUCCUGGAGAUCGUCCCCGGUCGCAGUCGCUCGUCCCCGCUUGUCCUACCUCACUUCAGUCCAGGAGACGCGCGGCCCUUCAAACUCACUCUGAGCAGCAGAACCAGCAGCUUCAGCCUGAAGAUCCCCAGCAAGAGUGAAGACCUGUCCGGGGAGGUGAGCGCUGUGUUGAAGCUGGAGAACUGUGUGGUGGGACAGACAAGCUGGAAGAGUGUUGGUGAACAGACCUGGAAUCAGAGCUUCACUCUGGAGCUGGAGAGAUCCCGAGAGAUGGAGAUCGCGGUGUACUGGAGGGACUAUCGCUCGCUCUGCGCCCUGAAGUAUCUAAAGCUGGAGGAUUUCCUGGAUAACCAGAGACACCGCAUACAGCUGGAACUGGAGCCACAGGGACUUCUGCUGGCCGAGGUGAUGUUCAUCAACCCUGUGAUCGAGAGAGGUCCACGUCUGCAGCGCCAGAGGAAGGUGUUUUCUAAACAGCAGGGGAAAGCAUUCCUGCGCGCUAAACAGAUGAACGUAGACAUGGCCACGUGGGUCCGGCUGCUAAAGAACGCCAUUCCCAUGAGCUCGUCCACACACAGCUACACACAUCACAGCCACACACACAACAGCAGCGAGAUUUCCAUUCAGAAGAUCCAACAGGACGACGACUCUCCACCGUCUGUGACCAGGAAAAACACACAGGGGUCCGAGACGGUGGACAUUGGGCUGGUGCCGGAGCCGGCCUCUCCUCCUGAUCCCGCUCCUCCUGUGAGGACUGUCAGGAGCACUUCCCAUAACUCCCAGCGCAGGUCGUCCAAAAGCCCCCUGUGUCUUCAGGAUUUCCGAAUGAUUGCAGUGCUCGGCCGGGGACAUUUUGGCAAGGUCCUUCUAUCUGAAUACAGACACUCAGGAAAGAUGUACGCCAUCAAAGCCCUGAAGAAAGGGGACAUUGUGGCGCGGGACGAGGUCGAGAGUUUGAUGUGUGAGAAGCGCAUCUUCGAGACGGUGAACAGCGCGCAGCAUCCGUUCCUGGUGAACCUGUUUGCAUGUUUUCAGACGCCAGAACACGUGUGUUUCGUCAUGGAGUACACGGCCGGCGGUGACCUGAUGAUGCACAUUCACGCCGACGUCUUCUCGGAAACACGCUCCGUGUUUUAUUCUGCCUGUGUUGUUUUGGGGCUUCAGUUUCUUCAUGAUAAUAAGAUUGUGUAUCGAGAUCUGAAGCUGGAUAACCUGCUGCUGGAUAUUGAAGGCUAUGUGAAAAUCGCAGACUUCGGUCUUUGUAAAGAGGGAAUGGGUCAUGGGGACAGAACCAGCACAUUUUGUGGGACUCCAGAGUUUCUUGCUCCUGAGGUUUUGACUGACACGUCCUACACGAGAGCCGUGGACUGGUGGGGUCUCGGCGUGCUCAUUUACGAGAUGCUGGUCGGAGAGUCACCGUUCCCCGGUGACGAUGAAGAGGAGGUGUUCGACAGCAUUGUAAACGAUGAAGUACGAUACCCAAGAUUCCUCUCCACCGAGGCCAUUGGCAUCAUGAGACGACUGCUGAGGCGUAAUCCCGAGAGACGGCUGGGCUCCGGGGAAAAAGACGCAGAGGACAUACGGAAACAACCGUUCUUUAGAAAUAUGGACUGGGAUGCGCUUUUGCAGCGGCGAGUUCCUCCUCCGUUCGUUCCCGCCUUGACAGGAAACGAAGACGUCAGUAACUUCGACUCCGAGUUCACCAACGAGGCUCCAACGCUGACACCUCCUCGUGAGCGCCGGAACCUCUCGCGCAAAGACCAGGACUACUUCAGGGACUUUGACUAUGUCUCGGACUUCUGCUAGGGCACAAGGUUGCAAACUGAGGCUGCUAGGUGUGGGAGAUAACUUCCUAGCGCCGUAGUUCCCAUCAAGGGUGCAUAUCCUGAGGAUUCACUCAGAGAAACAGGGACGCUGACAGGCUAAACGCCUCUGAUGACUGUAGAAGGCACAUCAAACAUGAAGAUAUUCAAGAAUCCAGAGAAUGUGAAGCUCUGCGGUGUAUCUGAAAGCUGGUGGCCAGGGUGUUUUCUCAUCCUAUUUUGGCAGGAUUUUCAGAUGGUCAGUCAGGCUUGUUCAUGACAUUUCCGAAAAUCCUCAGUACCAGACGCUCAAGUAGUCGACUGGGAUCUCAUUACUAGACUCCUGCAGGGAUGAUGUAUUUUUGUGGUCCUAAACCCAGGAACGAGCAUUUUAGCAUGUUCAGUUCCAUUACCUUGAAGUCCAUGGGUUUUUUAAAAUGAGUUUUGCCUGAAAUAAGGUCUGUGGUGAACACAAGCUCCAACAAUAUUUUCACUUUUUAUGCUCCGGCAUAUAGUACAUCAAUAAUGUAUAAAACACAAUAUGAUUUUUUUUUAACGUCUUCAAAUAAAGCUUUUGCUUACAAAAGUCUUAAUGGGAAUACAGAGGCUGCCGGUACAUUAAAGCGAUCAUGAACUGGCUUUUUAAUUUUUA